GUAUUUUCGCGCCGUUUUUCGCAGGCAAGACGGCGAAGAAGACGAGCGUGCGGUAAGUCCAGUCGAAAAUCUUCCUGCUUUUCCCCCAGAAAAGUUAUUUAAAUAUCAGUAUUACAUAGAUAAAGCUACCAAACAAGAAUAUUAGUCGUUUUUGGCCGAUAUUUUCCGUUUGGAAGUAUAUUUUAGCAGACAUUCGGGAGGCUCGUGUCGACGCUCGCUCGCUUGCACAGCCUUCUUGUUAUUGAUGUGUGAUAUUUAACAAAGCUCGGCUCUGACUGGCAGCGCUUUUUCCAAUCCUAAGCUUUGGUAAAAAUUAUAAUAUGCCUUUAACCCUAGGAGUAGGAAAGGCGUUUGUAUAGAGAAGGUGAGCGGACAAUUCGGCUGCAGUUUUCAUCCGAACAUGCAGAGUUCAAAUUCCAUUGUUGUAUGCGGCAUGUUCACCUCUCCGUUGGAGAGACUAUGCCUCGAGGAAAGAUUAACAUGCGAGCUACUUCAUGACGGUUUGCCCCUAAAAAUAAGGUAGUAGUCAAGACGAGUUUUGAAAGUAUGCUUUUCAUGAAUGUAGACGCACUCAGGGUGCCACGAAAACGCAUACCUCAGACCACAUUAAAGAUCUGAUCGAGUUGGGUGAAUAUCUGCAUUUAAAUCUUCGGAUCAUAAUCAGGCUCAUCCAGUAAUUGCCAAUUAUCAAUUUGGUCAAAUAUUUACAUGAUGUGCCUUUAUGUUUUUUUGGAGUUUUCUGGUAGGGCUCUUCAUUUUGUCCUUAUCUGUCAUCUGGAGUACCUUUAACUUUAACUAUAUUUUUUGAGACUUCCUUAGAAUUGUUGUGAAGUAGGAACAUGAUAUUUUUCUUGUUGGGUUGUGCGACAUUUUUGCCAUGUUAUUGAAACAAACAAGUCAGACACCUGGCCAUAACAUAAAAUUAUUGGGUGAUUCCAGAAAAUAUCCAUACCAUACCAUGGACGGCUUUUUUUGGAAUUCCGAGGGCAAAAAUUGGGGGGUGAGGGUGCGGGGUCUUUGAACUGGAGAUCUGAAGGCAUGGAUGGAUUCUUGUAUUACUGGAAUUCGGAGGGCAAGCAGGAAUCUCCACAGGGAACAGACGUUUGUAUUCCUCAAAAAUGGUGAUGUUAUGGCCUUAAUUAUUAAUUAUUGGUUCCCCAAAAGAGCACAAAUUGACGAUACUGUCUACGAUUGCAGAAGUAGGAUAGAAGACAAGCAUCAAUCAAUAAGGCAUGUGUUCGUGUUCAUUUGCAGAAGAAAACUGACAAAAUGUGUAUUGUAUUUCAAGCUCCAGAGGCCUUGAUGCUACAAAACAUCCUUUUUUCUCUUGUCAAAGCAGCCUGAUUAUUUGUCAUGUCAGUGCCAAAUAUGUUCUUUUAACUGAGGACAUCAUUGCUGACCUCGUUGGCUAAAAUUAAAGAUGUUGGAGAUACACUGGAUUGUAAUAUAUUUUCUGAAUGUACACACCUUCAUCACAAAAUAGUCUUAUUUUAAUAUUCUGGUUUGGGGCAAUGUAAAGUUUAUGUGGGUUGCACCUUUUGAACAGUGGUUAGGAGAAAACUUUUAUUUUAUUUUUUUAAAAAUUUUAUUCCAGAGUUUCUGGGUUCAUAAUGACUCCUGUUGUAACCAAUUGCCCUGAACAGAGGUAGAGUCAUUUGAAAUACCGUAUUUUGUUAUCAAAUAAGCCAAAUUGGCAUUGCAAACCCUGCCAGUAAAUCUGAAAGGCUUUGAAGAUCAAAUGGAAAAUUGGUGUAGAAAGGUGGAUUAACAAUAUGAAAUACCAAGGGCAUAAGGGAAAAACCAUUUUGCAAAUUUUGAAGGCAAGGAGAGGUUAAAAUAUGAAAGCUGUCCGCGGGAUGGUAUGGAUAUUUUCUGCUGUCGCCUUGCAAGCCUGUGCUCAAGCAGCAAUUGGUGGCCCCUAACUUGGAGGAUCUUAGUAAAAAUAUUGAUAAUAUUAUAAUUUCUCUUUUUUAUCAGGUUUUGAGGAAAUAAGAGCUUAUCAUCAGAGAGGCCUUAGAGACAAGAUCUUUCUCAGUCACAAAGAAUGAACUCUGACAGUAGCUUCAUCUUCUCAUGGCCCACAGCAGCAGAAGCCAAGAAGGACUAUUUCCUGACAACAGAAGAUUUGUCGGACCUGAGUUAUCGCAUUCCACCUUGGCAUAGAUUUGGUAUGGGACGACCUUCCAAGUACUUUGAUCCUAAAGACUUGGAGAGGAAAGCAGAGGCCAAAUAUGGUGUUGAGGGCUUUAAAGCAAAAGUUGCCAGCCGGGAGGAGAGGAAUAAGAAACGGAAAUUGAAGGAAGAAAGUCGUGAAAAUGAGGCCAAGAAUUACGAGGCAAAGAAAUCAAAGCUGGUUGAAGAGAAUCCCAAUACUAUCAAACAGGUAGUGUCAGAUAUGGCAGGUCUGGUUGGCUUGACAAAGAAGUGCAGUGAGGAGCAGUUACAGCAGCUGGUUGUAAUGGUGGCAGAGAAGAAUAAGUCUGUCUUGAAUACUGCUAAUGAAGUGAAAGAUGUAGCUAUGUUGCCAAGGAAGAAAUUUACAGAGUUACAACCAGCCCUUGCCAAAUUAUUCAAUACAAAUGCCGAUGCAGCCUUGCAGAAGUCGACAGAAAAGCAGAAGAGAGAAGAACAAAAAGUCUUGCUGGUGAAGCAACUAAACGAACAAGCAGCAGGUACGUGGAAACUCACAGUGACAGAUCCGCCGCAGUGUGUGGGUGACACUGGGGACCUUACUCUGGACUUGGGAUUUGGUGCCAGUGGUGAGCUGUUGUUGGAUGAGGCCUGCAGUGGAGGGGACAUCAUGGGCUUCAAGGAUCCUAAGAAAGGAGAUCAGUUGGCUGAAAAGACAUUGCAUUUCAAAACAGAACAGAAAGUCUGUGGAAAGUGGUACAAGGGUUCUCUUAGCGUGUCAAUGUCUCGUGAUGAGGAAGGGCUGCUGCUGACUGGGUCAUUCUAUCAAGGCUUCAAGGAAAGAAACUGCCCUUCACGAUGGAAAUUCACAGGAAGGCAAGAAGGCUCAGAUGAUAGCAAUGCAUAAGUGUGCUAUCUUCUUUCUCCAGCUCCCAACUGUGAAUGACAGUCAAACCAAAUGGCAAACAGACAGACGGCUGAUAUGCUGAAGACUAUUGUACAUUGUAGAUCUGGAUGUUUGUAUCACAGUAAGAUUUGACUACAAUUUAAGGGACAGUUUACCUUUUUUUACUUGCUUAAAAUAAUGUUCUUAUUCAAUAACUUCCAGUAAUUUUGAGUGGAGAGAACUUUCUCUCUAGUAACAUUGUAUUUUGAUUAUUGAA